AUGAAAUUAUUCCUGUACGCAAGUAUUUUUUUUACCUUGCUUGUUCAGGUAAUUUAUGCAGGGGAUGAUAAGACAGUUAAGAGGAGAAAGUAUGAUAUAAAAAAUAAUAAGCUAAGGGGAAAAAACAAACCGCAUAUAUUAAACAAUGAAUCGGAGAAAAACUUCUUAGAGGUUAUGUCUGCUCAUAUUUAUAACCCCUCCAUAUCAGAAUUUUUUGAUAACAAUGCAAUGGGUACGUCUACCAUAUACUACUCCAGACUAAUGUGGGGAGCACUCAUUUUUUUGAUUAUGUUUAUUUUAGUUAGCUGCAUAGGAGUAUAUUUAUAUGUUAAUAAUUUAGAAAACAGUUUUCCAAGGAAGCGACAUUCACCCAAUCCAACGAAUCACUACGUUAUCAAUCCCGUCAUCCCGUAUUCUUAA